GCCAAUCCGCGGGCGCUGCCGGGGGCCGGCGGGCGCGUGCGCGGGCGAGUCACUUCCGCCGGCCGGGAAGCGGCGGGGGAGAAGCACGGGUGUGAGGGAGCGGAUCCAGCGGGAAACGCUCGGUCUGCGGCGGAGAUUUCCCGUGAUCGCCAGUGCGAGCCAAAGCAGGGGUUGCUCUUGCCCACUCUCCAGCGCUCGUAAGGGAACCGGGAAGAUGGUGAAUGUUCUGAAAGGUGUUCUUGUUGAAUGUGACCCAGCAAUGAAGCAGUUUCUGCUCUACUUGGAUGAGUCAAAUGCUUUGGGAAAGAAGUUCAUCAUACAAGACCUGGAUGAAACUCAUGUCUUUGUAUUAGCUGAGUUGGUCAACUUCCUCCAGGAGAGAGUGGGCGAGUUAAUGGACCAGAACUCAUUUCCUAUUACUCAGAAGUGAGAAAAACCAGAGAAAUGAGAUUACUGCAAGUUUUGGAACAGUGAAUUUCAAUAGUUUGGGUUGUUACUGUUUUAAUAGAUAACACUGUGGCAUGUAAGUUCUACAUAGAAGUGGCUACUAUAGAAAAUGCAUCAUUUUCAUAGACAAAAUAGUCUGGAAUUGGAUCUUGUUUCUCAUUUUGAAAGAAUGUGGUAUCUUUAUUAAAGUACUUAAAAUUAUA